AUGGUGCCCUUGUACAUUAUGGCACGGGGAUCCUUCCCCAAGACUCUGGAGGCCUCCAGCAACAAUUUUUUUCCCUGUAGUAUUGAAGUCACUCUAGAACUGGGCGGGGGCGCUGGUCCGACCCAGGCCUGUGUACAGCAACCUGAAGUGUCGUGGCCAUACGUGACUGUAGUGAAUUAUGUAUAUGAGUCCUCCACACUGGACUCUAUCCUAACGCAGGUUGCUGAAGCUUUAAAUGGAAAGAAAGUCAAAUCCAUCGCCUUCAUUCCUCAUAAUCAACAAGAUGCAGUUCACAUCUGUGGUGCUGGAGAAACUCAGACACUUACACCAGCUUCAGUGCAUGAACAUAUGGCACUGCGCAGGUUUUUCAAUAACCUGGUGACCAAGCACUUGGAUGGAGAGAAAUCAAAUGCCAGCAUGGAUUUCCUGGGCUGUACAGCCUUAGUGACUUCAGACUUGGAGGUGGUCAAAAGGGAACUGAAAAUGCUGACAGGUGUUCCUGUUACUAUGGCAAGAAAUCUGCUUGGCACUCAGCUCCAGGCAGGUCCGAACCAGGGGCUGGAUGGGGUAAAGAUGCACGUCUUGGAUCUUUAUUGUGAAAGUGAUAAACUGAAGCGCCCACACUCGCAAACAUUGGCAGAGUUUGAAAAGAUACACAUAGUAGGAAAAGGAGCCUAUGGGACAGCAGUCCUGUAUCGGAAGAAGGAUGAUGAUUCACUGGUCAUAUUGAAGGAAAUCAAUAUGCAUGAACUGAACCACAUCGAGAGGCAGAGAGCAAUGAAUGAGGUGAAGGUGCUUUCAAUGUUGGACCACCCCAACAUAAUCAAUUACUAUGACAGCUUUGAAGAGGAUGGUGUGCUGAUGAUUGAGAUGGAAUAUGCAGACGGAGGCACACUAGCACAAAGGUUAAAUGUCUUUUUGCUUCAGGAUCAGGAGUUAGAAGAGCAGCAAAUUCUGAACCUCUUUCACCAGAUGGUGGCUGCGAUCUGUUACCUCCACAAACACAACGUGCUGCACCGAGAUCUCAAGACGGCAAACCUCUUCCUCACCAAGAGAGGGGAAGUGAAGCUUGGUGAUUUUGGUGUUGCCAAGGUGAUGGUGACAGGAAGUGAAGCACAUACAAUCUUAGGUACUCCCUUUUACAUCUCCCCAGAGAUAUGUGAGGGGAAAUGUUACAAUGACAAAUCAGAUAUCUGGUCACUCGGUUGUAUUCUUUACGAGAUGGCAUGCCGUCAGCGCACAUUUGAAGGAACUAAUUUGCCGGCAGUGGUGAAUAAAAUUAUGAAGGGGCAAUUUGCUCCAAUCACGGAUAACUACAGUGCUGAGUUUAAAGCCCUUGUGAUGGACAUGUUGCAAAAAGAGCCUCAGUAUCGGCCUUCUGCUCAUGAGCUGUUGCACCUUCACCUCCCACAAGUGAUGGCCAAGUACAGAGAAACUCCAGAGUAUGAGCAAGAGCCAGAGAUGGGCAUUCAACACAACCUGAACCAAAAGCGGAAUAGUCACACAACACUUUAUUACUUAUAUAUGCCUGAUCUGAAACUUCGCCCCAUUGAUGGACUGCCUACGAAGAUUAAAAUUAGACAGGUCGCUGUGGCUGACAGUCAUAUGAUAGCUGUUGCGGUGGAGAGAGCAGUGUAUACAUGGGGAAGCAAUACUAAAGGCCAACUCGGUCAUGGGGACCUGCAGUCACAUUCAAGACCUCAGCUGGUGGAAGCGCUCAAAGGAAAGUUUAUUGUCAGGGCCUGUUGUGGCGAUGGAUUCAGUGUCUUUCUUAGUGAUAAUGGAAUUGUAAUGACGUCUGGCGAUGGAGCCCAAGGCUGCCUUGGGCAUGGGGACCACUUUAGUACCUCCAGACCUUGUCUGAUUGAAGCUCUACUCAGUAUCAAUGUUCGGGUCAUUGCCUGUGGCCUGCAGCAUGUGUUAUGUGUUAGUAGUGAAGGUAAGGUGUUUGCUUGGGGCAAUGGAAAAUAUGGUAAACUGGGACUUGGGAAUGAUGAUGACCACUGCUCACCGAUGGAGGUAUCAUUCGAGAAGCAGACCUUCAUAAGAGAUGUAAAGUGUGGGGUGGAUGGAACCAUGUUCUUAACAGAUACUGAUAGUGUGCUGGCUUGUGGCAAUAAUCAGUACAAUAAACUGGGUUUGAACGAGAGACGGGGCCUCCUCAUGCAGAUGACAAUGCUGUUUGCCCGAACUGAUGUUGAAGGAAGGAAACUUCCCACAGUUGUGAAAGCAUUGAGGAACCACCGGGUGAGAGAUGCUGUCCUGGGCCCCUCUCACAGCAUUGUACUCGUGGAGCCGGGAAAUAUUUAUACCUUUGGGAGGAAUACAGAAGGUCAGCUGUGUACUGGCAACACUAAACCGUACAAAAUGCCAAUGCUUACAAUCAGCUGUGGAGAGACGUUCAGUGUUGUCGGGACUGAUGAUAAUAAGAUUCUCUUCUGGGGCACCAAGUACAAGUCAAUGCAAUCUCCAAACCCAUCCGUGUUGACCACGCCAUCUCAGACAGCCACAAAAAUAUCUGAAGAUGCUAUCUACCCAACAUCGCCAUCCCCUAUAGAAAUUGAAGAGUCCAUUACUGGGACAGUGAGCCAUGACAACUAUCAAACAGAAACCAGCAGUGGGAGCUGCAAGUCAGAUGGUAAGGAUAUACAGGAAUCCAGCAGCAUGAAAGCCAACUCCUUUGGGAGUGAGAGUAACCUUCAAGAUCAAGAAAGCAGCCAACAACUAAUCCCAGUUCCUCUAAUUACCUUGAAAGAAGUUCUGGAGGACCACCCUGAUGUGCAUGCUUUUCUUCGAAGUAUUGUCUGUAAUAAGGACAGCAUCUAUGUCCUAGUGGAGAGUACUGAUCCACCAUGCUACAAGCAUGUAAGGAGAUCUCGCAGCCUUCGUAAACGUGGAAACCGUGAGGACCCAGGACUAAAGCAUGGGCGCAUUCUUCAAUAUUCUCAUUCUAGCAAUGAAGCUGGCGAUGAGUACACAAGCUCAGAGAUGUCUGAGUUGGAGACCAGUCAGUUUGUCCCAACAUGGAUAAGGAAUGAACUCAAUGAGGCAACAUCCCUUGAAGCAGCCAGCAAUGAAAGGGGCAGUGAAAUAGACACUGUCAGAACCGUGGCCAGCAGAAAUAUAACAGGCACCCAGUCUUUAGAGAGUCCAGUGACAAUGGUGAGCAAAACCAGCUCAGAAGAGGCAAAAACACAAGUUAAGAAGGAGGUGUUUGGAGGUGUGAAAAAGACAAGUGGGAACCGCAGUGGAGAAAAACAUGGCCAUACAUCGACAUCAGGGAGCUCUGACGGACAGCCGAUGUCCAGUAAACAGAAGAUCACCAGAAACAUUGACAAACACAGGGAACCUGCUACCUGGAUGAAUGCAGAAAUGUCUGCUGUGAAAAGCUCCAAGUACUAUCACCGUCCGGUUCUGCCCACGUCACCUCUUUCAAAGAGCAAGGAUGCUGAGUUGGCCAGAGAGGGGAAGGGGAUAAAACGGAUUGAAGGCAAAAUAGAGCCACAGGAGGGAAACCAUAAUAGUCUGCACCUCCUGGAGGAACAGCAAAGACUUGCACUGGAACGAGAAGCCAGACUUCAGACAGAGAUAGACAAGCUGUACAAGGAGCUGAAAGAGCAAAAGCAACUCCUUAAACAGAAUUCUGAUGUAAUGCAGCAGCUACAGCAGCAGUUGCUGAAGGUGCAGUCUCAGCAAUUCCGGGACAGUGCCCAAGCAAACCCUGAGCAAGGGAACAAACCCAAUACAAAACCAGAAAGUCGAAUCUGCAUGAUGAUGUGA